UUCUCCAGCAGCGCGAGCACGAACAGAGAGAGCAAUUCACGUCCCCGCCAUUAAAUGCAAUAAAUGCAGCCGCUCGAGCCGCGCACCCACCCCGCCAGAUCUGAAUUCUGAACCCCGCGACAAGGCAAAUAUCACCGGUUCACCACGCCACCUCCAACAUUUACUCCCCCACCCCCACCCCCACGCGGCCUCGAUUCCAACUUCCACCCAGUGAUCCAGGGCAUCGGCAUCCACCACCACCGACCGUGCGUGCGCGGCGGUCCGCCAAUGCCAUUCCGCCGCUCCCUCGCCACUAGGGACUCGCCACCGCGAUGUCCUUCCUCUCCUCGCUCUCCAGCCUCGGCCUCGGUUACUCCAUCGCCAUCGCGCUCGGCUUCCUCGUCCUGCUCGCCUCCCUCCUGCUGGCUUUCUACUUCUGCUUCGGCCGCGGCGGGGACUACUGGGCCGGAGAAGCAGCCACCACGGCCUCCAGCUCCGGCCACCUCUCCAUCACCGUCCCGCGCGUGCUCUUCGUCGCGGAAGGGUCCGAGUCCCCCGACGCCGACGCCGCUUACUCCUCCGCCGCCGUCGCGGCCUGCUCACCCGUCGGGCUCGAUGCCGCCGCCAUCGCGUCCUACCCCAAGGUCCCUUUCUCCUCCAGCGGGGCCACCGACGCCGACGCCAUGUGCUCCAUCUGCCUCAGCGAGUACAGGGACGGCGAGACGCUGCGCGUGAUGCCCGAGUGCAGGCACGGCUUCCACGUCGCGUGCCUCGACGCCUGGCUGCGGCGGAGCGCGUCGUGCCCCGUCUGCAGGUCCUCCCCCAUCCCGACGCCCAACUCCACGCCGCUCGCGACGCCGCUUUCCGAGCUCGUCCCGCUCUCGCAGUACGCCGCCGACCGGAGGCGCCGCAGCUUUUCUGGUCGCCUUGCACAGAACCACCUGACCUGAUGUGGUUAGCUUGCUUCUCUCGUGGGUUUGUUGUUAAAUGGUUCUUGGCGUUUGGUUUACUUUUUCCAUCAUUCUCACCUGCCCAAGUCCAAGGAAACAGCCAAGGAGUGGACGAUGGAGUAGAAGAAGAUGCGGUCAUUUAUCACGCUGGAGAAAUGGCGAGCAGUAUGAGGAUGUAGGGCACUGAGCGUACAUGCGUACGGUGUACUGCAUCCCCUUGCGCUCGCUACGUCCGGAAUACGCGUCUUCAUCCAUCAGGUACAGUCAGAGCAGGUCGGCACUCCACUGCCAACCGCACAUGGACAUGGACAUGGACAUGGACACUCUCAAGAGCACUUUUCUAGUGCGGCCGCUGUACAGUGUCAUGGCUGUAUGAUACGGAACAUAUUUGGAUUUUGGAUGGUCCCAGUUUCUUUUGAAAGGGAUAUUCCACUAGUUUUUUGUGCUACAACUAUCAGUCCAAACAGCACAAAUACAUUCGCUUCUGAAUCAUCCACUAUUAGAGUAGAAUCUCAUAAUGGUUGAACUUCAGUCUAGGAGAUCGUAGGUCUGAGUCAUCCACUUUCAGCGUGUUUGGUUAGGGAGUGUAUCCAACAUUAUCAAGCAUACAAAUAAAAGUGAGAAGUUAUCUGGCAUA